CUACCAUCAUCAGCAAGACCAUGGCCGCUGCUUUCCCCUCUCCUCCUCUACCGCAGGAGCUGAGGGAAAUCAUUGUAACAUGUCUGGCGGACUGUCCUCAAACCCUUGCCGCCUGCGCGCAGGCCCAUCCCAGUCUGACUCGUCUCGCUCAAUCUCUGUUGUUCCACACCAUCAGUCUGACGAGUGCAGAGCACAUCCACGCCUUCGUUCGAACCCUCCGUCAAUCUCCCCAUGUCGCGCUCUACGUCCGCCACCUUCUCAUCAUGCAAUCGCCUCCCCCGGCGAGAAACUUCCAGGGAAAUGCGAUCUCUCUGGGGGCGUCGUCGAUGUAUAUCGACUCUCUCGAGGGCUUGCUCCCCAACGUCGAGAAAGUGGCUCUUCGAUGCUCGAGGUACUACCACAGAACGCCCGGGAUGUCAGCUAGGAACAGGGGGAGUAUAAUGAUGUUCUCAGCCCCGCACGGUGAUAACACCUUCAUCGCCCGAUGUUCGCAGACCCUGCGCGUCCUGGAACUCGACUACGAGGUCCAUGGGCUCACUGACCGUGACUUCGAUCGAUCGUACCAUCUAUCUCUGCCGGCACUACACACCCUGAUCCUCGGCCACCGCUCGCUCUUCACUGAUCGCACCCUGCGCGCUUGUGUGGCGACGGCGCCCAAUGUUGAGCGCCUCGUGCUGUGGACAGACUUUACCCCGAAGCAGAUGGCAGAACACUGUAUUACUCAAGAGGGUGUCGUGGACGGUAGCUCGCUGCCGCCUGGGGGUGGGAUGCCGAAGGUACUCCUGAAGACGGCCAUCGUCGACGGGUGGCCUAAUUUGAAGAAAGUCGAGCUCGUCAAGUAUGCCCAUCCGCCGUCGAGCGAUGCAGAGCGUAUGACACAACUCGGCGAUGAAGGGGAGCAACGGCUGGGUGUCCUGCGCUGCACAGAUGGACGGGAGGUAGAAGUGGCUGUUGUUCAAAUUCCUCCGAGUCGCCAAGUUCCCAGAGAUAAAAACACGCCUGCGCCGUUGCUCGCAUUCGAAUUACCGUCUGAAUGAUGAUGUUUUGCCCUUGCAUAACACCAUCGUCGUGCGUGAGUCUCGAUGUUGACGCGCGUGCCAUAUCCUCUCC